UGGAAACGGAAUUUGCACAGCUUAUUUUGGAUUCUGUACUAUUUAAAAAAUUACACAAUAAAUAAUCUUAUCUGCAAUGUUUAAGGGUCAUACCAGAACUGGAGGACAUUUGGGCUUCGAAAUUUUUGAAAAAUAAACCUUCUCUUUGAGUUUUCUGCUCCACAUUGAUCAAUAGUAGAUAUUGAUUGGUUCAGCUCACACAUCAAUGGUACCAUUUUUAUUCAAUAUUAUAUUUUUUAUUUGCUAACCGUACUCUAAUCACAGUAACAGAAUCGCUAAUCCAUGCUAAUGUUAGCUUUAAAAAAUUCCCACAAUUACAAGAGACAUCAAUGGAAAAAAUAUAAAACCAAAAAAGGAGAUUUAAAUUUCAUUUUAACUGUUUUAUUUGAGUCAUUUGCUCUGCAUCUGUUAUCGAGGACCGUUAGCUUGGUCUGAUAGCAGGGUCCGUUAGCUAGGUCCGUUAGCUACAUCUGUUAGCGAGGACCGUUAGCUUGGUCUAAUAGUAGGGUCCGUUAGCUAGGUCCAUUAGCUACGUCUGUUAGCGAGCUCUGCUAGCUAAUCACGAAGCUUUUGCCAUUGUCCGUGUAAAUCCGUGUUUUCAUGUCUGUUACGGCUUUAACGCAGUCGCAGUUUAGGUUUUAUGAGUUCUUCCAAAGUUUGAAAAUUUUCUCCAUCUGGAGUCUAGAUUUGGCGACUGACAGGAAUUAUUUUGUUGUUAUUUUUUAAAAAGUACAAUUAACCUUUUCUGGCAAGUUUUAAGUGAUUGUGGACCAUUUUGAAAUUCAUUUUGGACAAAUUUUGCCACUUCAGACAAGUUGUAAGUGAUUUUGGACCAUUUUUAAAACCAUUUUGGACAAAUUUCAUAAUUUCUGGCAGAUUUCAAGUGAUUUUAGGCAAUUUUUUAAAUUCAUUUUGCACAGGCUCAGGGGGCUGCUAUGCUCUCCUCCAUCUCCCUACAUUCUAAAAAGAGUGCUAAACAUCAGGGCCAGAGGCACAUCAUGUGGAAAAAGAGGAAAGUUAAAAUGUUUUCUUAUUAAGGGAUGCCCCCUCCACAGCGAAGAUCCACCCCCGGAGCCAAUCUAAAAUAAAAUUCUAAAAGAAAGAGGGGAAGAAAAAGGAAAGGGAGGGGAUAGAGGUCAUUGGCUGAGGAAAGUCAGGAAAGAAGACAUAAGGGACAGGACUAUAGGGUAGGGGGCAAAUGGUUUGGGUUAAAGAAUAGGAAAAGGGUUAGGGGUCCACAAAUUAGGGUGAAAGGUCAGACAGACAGGUAGGGGAACUUAAGGUUAGGGUAAGAAAUCAAAAGUAGGGGUCAUAAACUAACUUAGGGGUGAAAAGGUUAAGGUUAGGAAAAAGUGAACCGGGAUCGGGAUAAAGAGAAAAAAAGGAACAAAAACAAGCUUAUAAUAAGUGGACUGGACAACACUGGAUGUCAGCAGCAGUAAACAGGUGACAUCAGAGUGGUACUAAGACCUUUUUUUUUUACUGAUAAAAGGCAAAUAUUUGCUGUGAAAAACACCUUUGACUGUUAUAAAUGCUGCUUUUAUGAGUGAUUUAACUGCAGUUUGUGCUGUUGUCUUGUUAUUGAGCUAAAAAUGUUCAGUUUAUUUUACAAAUAUUUGAAGUAAAAAUGCAGCAAACUGUAAUUUAUGCUGUUUUAUUGUUAAUUACCAACACUUUUCCAAAACAUCUCCACCAUAAACUGAAGCAUUUCUAACGUUUUUCUUCAUCUUCUAAUAAUGAAGUGGACUCUGUGCAGGUUGGUUCUGUGCUUAUCAGAUCUCAGCCUGAUAACUCUGCUCUUCUUCCUGCUCCCAAACAGCAGCUCCACUCUGUCCACACGUUUCCUGGUUCCUCCCCUUCAGAUCUGCACUCUGAAGAUGGGUGGAACCAACAUGUGGUGACGUGGAAGAGCUGCAGGAACACGUGAUUUGUAGAUCACAGCUCAGACUAGUUUCAGGAAGGAGGAAGUGAAAGUCACACAGUCGCUGGUAGUGAGAGGAGGAAUGGCUCAGAAAGGAGUUCAGCUGGACCGAGAAACCUUCUCUUGUUGCAUCUGUCUGGAUCUCCUGAAGGAUCCGGUCACUACUUCCUGUGGACACAGCUACUGUAUGAAGUGUAUUAAAGCCCACUGGGAUGGAGAGGACCAGAAGAGAAUCUACAGCUGCCCUCAGUGCAGGAAGACUUUCACAGCGAGGCCUGACCUGGAGAAAAACACCAUGUUAGCAGCUUUAGUGGAGCAGCUGAAGAAGACUGGACUCCAAGCUGCUGCUGCUGAUCACUGCUAUGCUGGACCUGAAGAUGUGGCCUGUGAUUCCUGUUCUGGUAGAAAACUGAAAGCCUUCAAGUCCUGUUUGUUCUGUUUGGCUUCUUUCUGUGAGAAACACCUUCAGCCUCACUAUGAGUCUCCAACUUUUAAGAAACACCAGCUGGUGGAGCCCUCCAAGAACCUCCAGGAGAACAUCUGCUCUCGUCACGAUGAGGUGAAGAAGAUGUUCUGUCGUACUGAUCAGCAGUCUAUCUGUUAUCUCUGCUCUGUGGACCAACAUAAAGGCCACGACACGGUCUCAGCUGCAGCAGAAAGGACUGAGAGGCAGAAGAAGCUGGAGGUGAGUCGACUGAACAUCCAGCAGAGAAUCCAGGACAGACGGAAAGAUGUGAAGCUGCUUCAACAGGAGCUGAAGGACAUCAAGGUCUCUGCUGAUAAAACAGUGGAGGACAGUGAGGAGAUGUUCACCCAGAUGAUCCAUCUGAUCCAGAAGAGAAGCUCUGAGGUGGAGCAGCAGAUCAGAUCCCAGCAGAAGACCCAAGAGAGUCGAGUCAAAGAGCUGGAGGAGAAGCUGCAGCAGGAGAUCAGGGAUCUGGAGAGGAAAGAGGCUGAGCUGAAGCAGCUCUCAGAUACACCAGAUCACAGCCAGUUUCUCCACAACUACCCCUCAGUGUCAGCACUCAGUGAGUCCACACACUCAUCCAGCAUCAGCAUCCGUCCUCUGAGACACUUUGAGGACGUGACAGCAGCUGUGAAAGAGCUCAGAGGUAAAGUAGAGGACGUUCUGAAGGACACCUGGACAGACAUCUCACUGACACUCACUCAGCCAGACGUUUUACUGUCAGAACCAGAACCAGAACCAAAGACCAGAGCUGGAUUCAUGAGAUAUUCACGUCAAAUCACUCUGGAUCCAAACACAGCAAACAGAAAACUGUUAUUAUCUGAAGGGAACAGAAAAGUAACAUUUAUGGAUCAACAACAGUCUUAUCCUGAUCAUCCAGACAGAUUCACUGAUUAUCAGGUUCUGAGUAGAGAGAGUCUGACUGGACGUUGUUACUGGGAGGUGGAGUGGAGAGAAGGAGGAGUUUUUGUAUCAGUUUCAUACAAGAACAUCAGCAGAGCAGGAAGUGGGGAUGAAUGUGGAUUUGGAUUUAAUGACAAAUCUUGGGCAUUAUAUUGUUCCCAAAACAGUUAUGAAUUUUGUUACAACAAAACUAGAACUCCCGUCUCAGGUCCUCGGUCCUCCAGAGUAGGAGUUUAUCUGGAUCACAGAGCAGGUAUUCUGUCUUUCUACAGCGUCUCUGAAACCAUGACUCUCCUCCACAGAGUCCAGACCACAUUCACUGAGCCGCUACAUGCUGGACUUUACAUUGGUUUUUGUUCAAGUGCUGAGUUGUGUGAAGUGAAGUAGAGGGAGGUAACUGAAGGUGCAGUGAGUCUGAUUGUGUCUUUGCUUCUUGGACUCAUUUAGUCUCCAUCAUUGCUGCUCACAGCUCGUUGUUGUUUGGUUUCUACAGAGAUCAGCUGUGGAUCAAACAGUGAGCGUCAGCACUCCUUGGUCUUCUCCUUUCUUCUUCUGCUCCUCUCUGACUUUCUUCCAACUUUCUCCACUAAAAUGUGACUGUGAUUUGUGUGGAUGUUUCCAGCCCAGAUGUAGUUUGUGCUCUCAGUCGGUAGAGAGGAUUUCUUCCACAGGACCGACAAGUGGAAAGUGUGAUUUGAUCCAGUUUGGGUGUGCAGACGUUUGGUUGAGUCCCGACACUCAUCGGACAGCAGAUGUUGUGUGGUUGUGGACUUGAUGUUGAUUUUCCUGAAGGUGAAACUUCCCCAUGAGGCUGUGCUGUUGGUUGAGUGUGGAAGCAGCCACACGUUGAGUCUGCUUUGAAAGCAUCACCACACAACAAGUCAUGUUUGAUGGAGCUUUCUGUUGUUCCUGACAACUUUUCUGACUCGUCACUGAACCGCUGACUGAUGCAGUUUUUACACCUCAAAUAUUUAAACAUCAACAACAAACAGAAAAUGUGCAUCUGUGUCAGCUUCACACAGAAAUCACUCAAUUCUUGGUUUAUUUCCAACGUUUUAUUGUAAAUAUUUCCAUGUUUUCACAUUUCAGCUUCUCAGAAACUAUUUUUCAAUUUAAAAUCUGCGUGGAAAUGUAACAGGAAGUGACUUUUAUUGUUUUCCUCUCAUUUGAAUUCAUGUUUCUUCCAUCCUGUGUCAGUGAUGCGUUUAAGGAACAGCUGAGGUGAUGGAAAACUCAGCUUUCUAUUCCAAUGUGCUUCAUGUUUCUUUGACAGAGAUCUAUGUACAGACUAUGUUGUAUUUGUGUUUUCUGGGGAAAUCUGAUCAUUUUAUUCAUCUCACAUGGUGAUGUGUCAUUUUGUUGCUUUGUUUUUGUCGUAUCUGAUCUGAGAUGUAUGUUGGGAUGUUUGUUGCUUCUUAGAAUAGAUGUAGUUUUUUGCUGAAGGAAGUCAUUUGUGGGAUUAGAUUGGGGAUCAUUAUGUCCAGGAAAUGAUAAUUGUUCUUUGGGGCUUGAAUGACUCUUUGGGUGUCUUAAUGAUGGGGGUUGUUCUGUAGAUGUCUUUUAAUUAAGAAACAUAUGUUGUGACCUCAUACUUGUCUAAAACAUUUAAAUAUGAUCUCAGAUUUUUGUUCAGGGAGAUUCAUUUGACCGGAUCCUCCCAGACAGUCUCUCUGUCUGAUCGAUGCUGUUCUUACUUAUAAUAAACUUAUUAUUAAGCAA